UUCGUUUUGAGUACCGAAACUCCGAGACACAGCGAGAUGGCGUCAAACGCAGCGGUGCCGUUUUGGAGAGCAGCAGGGAUGACAUACAUUACAUACUCUAACAUUUGUGCGAAUCUGGUGAGGAACUGCCUCAAGGAACCCCAUAAGACUGAAGCCAUCAAUCGCGAGAAGGUUCACUUUUCAAUCUCUAAGUGGGAAGGUGGAAAACCCCAGAGGCCUACUAUUCGAUCUGAUUCACCUGAAGCAUGAGUUGGGAUGGAGAAUUGCUCUUUGAAUGUCAUCAUGGAGUGAUACAUCAUUUACUCGGAAAACCUCCUUCUGUUUUGUCAUUUUGGUAGAUUUAAUUUUAUCAAGUCUUUGAUGCUUGGACCUCUCAAACAAGAUUUGUAUUUCUUGUUUUGCAUGUUAAUGCAUAUGUAAUAAUAUAAUUGGCAUCUGUUUUUUGAACUAUACUUUUUACAUUAAUCUUUUUAUGGAAAUUGAUGGAGUACUCCAUUUUCCUUCGUA